UGCGCAAAAUAAGAUAAGUUGCAGCUUGUUAAGUGUGUUCAAAAUGUGCCAUGCUACCAUUCAUAAUGUUAAAAGGCGAGUACCAUUUUUGGUGGCGCUAACCGCAUUUGUAAUAAUUUGGUCAUGCGCGGGGAGCGGUUUUGUGUGGGGUGCCAACAUUCUUAUCAUCCACCCCCUCUACUCUGGGUCACAUGUUCUGACAUUGAGGUCAGUGGCCGAGUCGCUGACAGCAAGAGGUCAUCACGUGCACGUAGUUAGGUGGAAAGACUUGCAUACGUUUCCAGCCAUCCGCAACGCCAACAUUACUGAAUCAUUGCUAGCCAUGAGUAAUGAAGAGGGACGCUGGAAAUUUUUGACGCAAGAAAAACAUGCAGCUUUUAAGAUGCCCUACCAGAUUUUAUGGAACUCUGGCUUAUCAUACAAGUCAAUUAUUGAAGCAGGAAGUGAGGCAUUUCCACUUAUGGAGGCACACUGCAAUUCCCUCUUAUCAAACAAAGACCUGAUCAGGCAGUUGAAAGGGAUGAAAUUUAACGUCGCCAUAAUUGACAUUGUGUACAAUGAGUGUAGUCUCGUUUUAUUGCACCAUUUGAAAAUUCCUGCCGUGGGGUACUGGGCAUUUCCUUUCUCUUCGGGGGAGGCCGAUUACACGACGGCAUUUCUGCCACCCUCUCAUGUUCCAGAUUACGCCUUGGACUAUCCACGACUUCUACCUCCCAACUUCAUCAACGUGGGGGGAAUGCAGAUCAAAAGUCCUAAACCCCUCCCAGAAGACAUUGAACAGUGGAUGCAGAGCUCUGGUGAACAUGGCGUUGUCCUCUUCACAAUGGGAUUCAUAUUCAAUCCAAAAGUGGUUCCGACACGAUUAGUUAACGCUUUUAUGGAAGCAUUUGGCAGACUUCCUCAAAAGUUUCUGGUGAAAUUUGAAGGUCCCAUUAACAAUGCCCCACCAAAUGUCAAAGUUUUAGAAUGGAUCCCACAACAAGAUGUCCUAGCUCACAACAAAACUCGACUCUUUCUCACCCACUGUGGACUUCAUGGGGUUAUGGAAGGUAUUUACUAUGGCGUGCCCAUGGUAGGAAUGCCCAUCUUUAUUGACCAGGGUGACGCCCUAAUUAAGAUGGAAGAACUGGGAAUCGCUCUCGGGUUGGAUAAGGAAACAGCAACGGCUGACGAAAUUCACCACCAACUUCAACGCGUUUUGUAUGAGCCCCAGUUUGAGAAGAAUGUGAGGAAGUUGUCCCUCCUGAUGAGGGACGUGAGGGAGCCGCCGCUGGAGAGGGCGAUCGACCUUAUCCACUACCUUAUCAGACACAAAGGAGCCCCCCACCUCAAACUCGCCUCCAGAAACCUCAACUUUGUUCAGUACUUUUCACUGGACGCGAUACUAUUUUUGAUUCUCCUCCUCCUCUCCUUGUGCUAUGUUCAGCUCAUCAUCCUGAGAAGAUUUGUACCUCUAAUUUUUGCAAAAUGUAAGACCUUGAUAGGGUCUACAAGUCUUGGGAGUUAUUUAGGCAUACCUGAACCGUGUAGUGAUGAUGGGAACAGGAAGUUUGCUACCAAUAUCGUUCAUGAAAAGGGGACAGAAGAGUGUAAUAAUAAUUUUAAUAAUUCUGUAGCUCAUAAUAAUGGCUUGCUCGUUAUGCCUCCUCCGAGACAAUUGUCAGAAAUUAAUAGCAGAAAUGGGAGGGCUUGUUAUAAUUUAAGACAUCAUAGUAGUAGUACAGUAAUCAGUAAUACCGCCGAUAAGGUUGGAAAAUUUUCACAAGUUGUGAAUCAAUCUACUGUUCUACCACACCACCAGAAAAAGAGGGACUGACCACCGACAAUACGAUAUAGUAUUUUAAUCGUAUAAUAAUAUCAUCUCAUGUAAUUUAGGGAGUAGAGAAUAAUUUAGGCAAGACAAUAAAAUUGGUAAAAUUACAAAUCAA